CUGGUUGUGUAUGAUUUAACCUCAAAUCAAAAAUAUUAUUUUCAUUUAUAAUUUACUUUUAAACUGUGCUAUUUUUCUGGUAGGGCAAUAUGGCAAACGAAACAAUGAUUCAAUUUACUGAUGAUCUUUUGGAGGCGAAAAUAUUUCACUGCCAGAUUUGCGAUGAACUUUGCACCUCCGAUAUUUUCCUGGUAAAAGGUAAAGGAAAUGUUUGUGUAAACUGUAUUGAAGAUAAGUGUGGAGAAGAGAUAAAAUCGAGGGCAGAAUUAAAUACGGCCCUUGUCUUAAUUUUAAAAAAACUUAUGCUAUUACCAUGUAAAUUCCAAUAUAAAGGUUGUAAUAAAAGGGUGCCGUCUAACAAUUAUCACAAGCAUGUCGCAAGUUGCAAAUAUAAAAUAAAAUCGUGUCCAAUGGUUAACUACGAAGAAUGUAAAUGGAAUGGAUCCAAUUCAGAAAUAAGCGAACAUAUUCGGAAGGAGCAUAAAGAACACAUUAUUAAAAGUGAAUACAAUAUUUUUAUUGUAGACACAUCCUUAGUAGAACCCAGUGUUAAAUUAUUUUUUGAUGGUCAAAAAAACUACCUUUUAAACACAUCGGUUGUUGAUAAUAAAUUUUAUUAUGCUUUAAGUCCAAUUGAUCAUUUCGAAGAAAAUGUUGAAUAUAUAGUAAAACACAGGAGUACUCAAACUCCAAACAACACUUUUGUAAAAACUGAUGGUACCAUCACCCAAUUGAAUGGCAUUUAUAAUGAAAGAUGUCUAGAUAAGAACCCCAAUGCCACUGGAGUAGAUAUUGGCAUUUUAGAAAAGAUUGCAGGCGAAAAUAUGGUAAGAAAUGAAUUUAAUCUGCAUCCAGGGGAAAUUGAUAAACAUACGUUAAAACUAUUGGAAUGCCCUGUGUGUAUGAAUAUUAUGAGGCCCCCCAUUUAUAACUGCACCAAGGGACACAGUAUCUGUCACUUUUGCUGUGAAAAAGUACGGUAUUGCCCCACAUGUGAGGGAGAAUGGACUAAUUCGAGAAAUUACUUAAUAGAAAAUUUGAUGGCAAAGGUAAAAUAUCCAUGCAAGUUUGAUGGCUGUAAAGAAGAGGACUUUGUUGAUGGAAUAAAAAAACACGAGGAAACGUGUUCCUUUUUUAUUUAUCAAUGCCCAAUGGGUUGCACAAAUUCCGGAGACUACAAUUUUAUUUUGGAACAUUUAAAUAGUGAACAUAAGAGUAUGGAAUAUGAGAAGUUUUCGGAAAUAUCUUACACGAGGUUUAAAAAAGAAACUCAAAAAUGGACCUUAUUUGAUUCAAAAUUAUUUAGGAUAUCCUAUUAUUAUUUUGAUGAAUCCAUGAAUUGGCAAGUAGAAUUAAUUUGUUCAAGUGAUAAUCCCAACAUGUAUAAAUAUAGGGUAGUUAUAACAAACUAUCCUGAUAUAGAAAACUGGGAAUUAGCAAAGCAUUCAAUUUGUUUGGAAGAAAGAAAACCAUUUCGAAAAUCAACUGAAGGUAUAAGAUUUAAAUAUUACGAUAAAUUAAGUUUUACUGUUAUUAUUGGAAGGUAGUUUGUUAUUCAACACAUUAUUUGUAUUCUGGAUUAUAUUUCCCAAUACAUUUUUAAUUUGUUUUUUUUGUGUAUACAUGAA